AUUCGAAAGAUGGAGGUGAUCAAGGAAAAAGAUGGGAGACCAGGGAAACCGCCAGGAAAGGAAUCGCAACCUUUGAUUAUAGCCAAAACUCCAGCAGAGGAGCAACGCCUGAAGUUGGAGAGAUUGAUGAGAAACCCUGAUAAACCUGCUCCUAUCCCAGACCGACCGAAAGAAUGGAACCCCCGGGCUCCUCCGGAGUUUGUGCGGGAUGUGAUGGGCUCCAGUGCAGGAGCUGGCAGUGGAGAAUUCCAUGUGUACAGACACCUUCGCAGACGAGAGUAUCAGAGACAGGACUUCCUGGACAAGAUGACUGAGAAGCAAAAGAUGGAGUUGGACUAUGUUGACAAGGUGUCAGAUAACCAACAGGCAGCUGAUGAAAGAACAGCCAAACGCAGGAAGAAAAGGGAAAAGCUGAAGCAGAAGAAGCUUAUGGCAAAAAAAGCCAAGCAGGAUGCCAACAAAGGUGAAGAUUCUGAGAAGUCCUCCUCCAGCAGUGAAGAGGACGACCAGGAGAGGGAGGCUGAGGAUGAUGCAGAGGCGCCGAGUUUCGUCAUGGGGAAGAGAUGAGUGCAUGGCUCCGGGUCAUGAGACAUGCUCCAAGACGAAAUUGAAUGGUGGGACAACAUCUAAUACCAGUUCAGAAGUCAACACAGCCUAGCUUUGAUCAAUGUCAUGGAUUCGAGACAUUAUCUGAGAGCGAACCAAGGGAGAUAAGCCUCUGUUAGGUAACUGCUAUUCUUCCCAACUUGUGGUUGUAGUUAGAUUCUUUGAAUUGAGGUUGACAAAGCUGGGUUGUAUUCAUUAGGCACCAAAUGGUCUGUAACGGGGAGGGACUACCUGAACUUGAAAUAAGACGUCCUCAUUUUUGUUUUUCGUUGCAAAAACCUUUUGCUACAGUGUGCCCUGAUGAAUAUGAUUAUCAAGGUGUUAAUUUCAUGCAUGUCUCUACUUUGAAACAGUUUCUUGUUGUGUGGUAGUGUCAUUUCUCAAUUUUUUAUUUUAUACUAUGCUUGUGUAUAUAUUUUUCAUGAACAUCUGUGAAGAAUUGGGCCUAUAUUUGCUGUAUUUUACCCCUAUAGAAUCUUCUGGAAUGUAUUACUAAAUGAUAACCCAAUUUCACUAGAUAUACAAUUACUUUAGGUAGCACUUUCAAGCUAUUUCCACAAUGCUGAGCAGGACGUAAUACUCAUUCAUAGGGGUCACUCCACUCAUUCCACCCUCCAUAUGAAAUUAAUUUGGGGAAGGAUAAUAUAAUUGGUCUAGUAUUUGUAAGAAGAGUAAUCUAGUACUAGUAUUUGUAGUCUUUAAUGGAAUGAGUUUUGAACUAGUUUGCUGGUAUGGCAUACCUUUUGACCUUGACUUGCAAAUCGGCUAUUGGCGGUUCCAUUGUACAACAAGAUUGGUGUAAUGCUUUAUUUUCCUUCCUCAAAUAUGUGUAUUGUUGGUUGCUAAGGACUAUCACCCACAGUUACUCAGUUUUCAUACCUGCCAGACCGGUUCGGUGGCUAUUGUCAAGGGUUCUCCAGUGACCUAUCACUACAGUUUUACAUAGAUGAGGAAUCAGGUUUUGUCCUAUUUUGAAAAACACAUCCUAAACCGUUUAAUCUCUGUAUUAAGUCCUACAGUAAGUGUUUGUUUGACCUGCAUAGGAUAAGUUACUUUUUUCCCCUACUGAACUUAUGUGAGGGUUGUGAGCAUACACUAUAUAUACAAAAGUAUGUGGACACCCCCUUCAAAUGAGUGGAUUUGGCUAUUUCAGCCACACCUGUUGCUGACAGGUGUAUAA